AUGCGUCCGUUACAGUUGCUGAAGUUGAUAGGAAACAAAUUGUUGGAGGACAAAUUGGUCCUUAAUGGCCAAAAUGAUGUCGUAUGCAUCCCCACUUUCAUGCCCAUCAUCCCAUACCUCUUCUUCUUCUUCUUCCAUGACAGUUUCAUCGUGCCCUUUCUUCCUCUCUUGUCUCAUAGACCUCUCACUCCACAACCCUUUCCACCCUCCAAAACAAGUGUGAACGACGAAGGUUUGAUCCUAAUUUUGCUCCGGUGCGUUAACCUAACGUGGCUCAAGCUCCGUGGAUGCCGUGAGAUAACGGAGGUAGGAAUGGCCGCUGUUGGCAAAAACUGCAAGGCGUUGAAGAAGCUAUCUUGCGCUUCGUGCUUGUUCAGCAUUAAGGGAAUCAACGCUGUCGUUAGCCGUUGCCAGGGUUUGGAAGAACUCUUCGUUAAGCGGCUGCGUGGGGCCCACAAUGGCGAGGAGGUGGUUGGUUCCGGAACGACGUCGGUGACUUCUGUUUGCUUGAAGGAGAUCGUGAAUGACCAGAGCUUCUCGCCCCUUAUGAUUGGGUCGAAAAGGCUUCGAUCUUUGAAGGUAAUUGGGUGUUUGGGGGAUUGGGAUGACACCCUUGAGAAGAUUGGGAACCUCCACGCUGCAUUGGUUGAUGUUCACCUUGAGAAUAUUCAAGUUAGCGAUGUGGGUCUUGUGGGUUUGUCUAAGUGUUUGAGUUUGGACACUUUACACAUUGUGACAAUCGCUGAGUGCUCAAAUGUGGGUCUCAAUCUAGUUGCUGAGAACUGCAGGAUGUUGAGGAAGCUUCACGUUGAUGGGUGGAGAACCAAUAGGAUUGGUGAUGAUGAUUUGAUUUCUAUUGCCAAACAAUGCAUUAACUUGCAGGAAAUGCGUCGUCAUCCUCUAAGUUAG